ACCAGCCGGCCUUGCAGCCCCUGCCCGGGGCGGAGGCGGCGCCCGGGGCGGGCGGAGCGUGACCGCGGGUCGGCGGGCGGGUUUAAGAGCGCGGCGUGCGCGCCCGGCCCGCGCCAGCUCCCGGCCGCGGCACAGCAGCCCCGGCGCCCGCCGUGCCACCCCGCCGCCACCGCCACCGCCGCCCGGAGCCGCCGCGCCAUGCCCCGCAUAGACGCGGACCUCAAGCUCGACUUCAAGGAUGUCCUGCUCCGACCUAAGCGGAGCAGCCUCAAGAGCCGCGCCGAGGUGGAUCUUGAACGCACCUUCACGUUUCGAAAUUCAAAGCAGACCUACGCAGGGAUUCCCAUCAUCGUGGCCAACAUGGACACUGUGGGCACAUUUGAGAUGGCAGCUGUGAUGUCACAGCACUCCAUGUUUACAGCAAUUCAUAAGCAUUACUCCCUGGAUGACUGGAAGCUCUUUGCCACAAAUCACCCGGAAUGCCUGCAGCACGUAGCCGUGAGUUCAGGCAGUGGGCAGAACGAUCUGGAAAAGAUGAGCAGCAUCCUGGACGCAGUGCCACAGGUUAAGUUUAUUUGCCUGGAUGUGGCCAAUGGGUAUUCAGAACAUUUUGUGGAAUUUGUGAAACUCGUCCGUGCCAAAUUUCCUGAACACACCAUUAUGGCAGGAAAUGUGGUGACAGGAGAAAUGGUAGAAGAGCUUAUUCUUUCUGGAGCAGAUAUCAUCAAAGUGGGAGUUGGACCAGGUUCUGUGUGCACCACGCGCACCAAGACGGGAGUGGGCUACCCCCAGCUGAGUGCAGUCAUCGAGUGCGCAGACUCUGCCCACGGCCUGAAGGGCCACAUCAUCUCUGAUGGAGGCUGCACGUGUCCAGGGGAUGUCGCCAAAGCCUUUGGAGCCGGAGCCGAUUUUGUGAUGCUGGGAGGGAUGUUUUCGGGUCAUACAGAGUGUGCUGGAGAAGUGAUUGAGAGGAACGGACAGAAGCUCAAGCUGUUCUACGGGAUGAGCUCAGACACGGCCAUGAAGAAGCACGCAGGAGGAGUUGCCGAGUACAGAGCCUCCGAGGGUAAGACUGUGGAAGUGCCUUACAAAGGAGAUGUGGAAAACACUAUCCUGGAUAUUCUCGGGGGACUGAGGUCCACGUGCACCUACGUGGGGGCCGCCAAACUCAAGGAGCUCAGCAGGAGGGCCACGUUCAUCCGGGUGACCCAGCAGCAUAACACCGUGUUCAGCUAACCCUGGGGCGAAGCGGCGUCCGUCCCGAGCGGAAGCUUCCAAACCUGCUUUUCCCAUCUCCUUCCUAGUCUGUUCGGGCUGAGCUUCUGGCUGCUGCUGAAUGGUGGAAUGCUGUGUGCUCUCUCCACCCUCCUGCCGCCUGGAGCUUCGGUGCCCUCUCGCGUGCCUUCUCGGGGGCUCAGACACAAGGCACUGAUUGGGGCAACAUCAGAGCCCUGCUGCCCAGAACUCAUAACCUCAUUGUUCAAACCGACACUUGCACCUGUCUCUCUCUUUUUUAAAAGAAGAUGGUUUCACUUUAAUAUAAUGCUGUUAUCUUAAGACUUGA